GCCCGGCCCAGGGAGAGCUGCAGCUAGCAGGGAGUCGCCCGCCGCUUGCCAGGAUCGCCCGCGUCCUUCUCCGGCCACUCCACCAAGAGGGCGCCCUCUGCUUGCUCUGCCCAAGUGCGCUCCAGCCCACAGGGGGCCGCGCUUGCCGCUCCCAAGGCCGGCGAGGGCAGCGGGGCACGCAGGGCGGGUCCGGAGAGCGCUCGGAGAGGCGGCGUGCGCGCAGGACCCGCGGCGGUGGCUUGCAGGCGGCGGGACUUCGGAGCGGCUCCUGCUGGGUGCGACUCCCGGGCGCGCCCGGCGCGAAGAUGAGGGCGCGGCCGCAGGUCUGCGAGGCGCUGCUCUUCGCCCUGGCGCUCCACACCGGCGUGUGCUAUGGCAUCAAGUGGCUAGCACUGUCCAAGACGCCGGCGGCCCUGGCGCUGAACCAGACACAGCACUGCAAGCAGCUGGAGGGCCUGGUGUCUGCGCAGGUGCAGCUGUGCCGCAGCAACCUGGAGCUCAUGCGUACCAUCGUGCACGCCGCCCGCGAGGCCACGAAGGCCUGCCGCAGGGCCUUUGCCGACAUGCGCUGGAACUGCUCCUCCAUCGAGCUCGCCCCCAACUACCUGCUUGAUCUGGAGAGAGGGACCCGGGAGUCGGCCUUCGUGUAUGCGCUGUCGGCCGCCGCCAUCAGCCACGCCAUCGCCCGGGCCUGCACCUCUGGCGACCUGCCCGGCUGCUCCUGCGGCCCAGUCCCAGGUGAGCCACCCGGGCCCGGGAACCGCUGGGGAGGAUGUGCGGACAACCUCAGCUACGGGCUCCUCAUGGGGGCCAAGUUUUCCGAUGCUCCUAUGAAGGUGAAAAAAACAGGAUCCCAAGCCAAUAAACUGAUGCGUCUACACAACAGUGAAGUGGGGAGACAGGCUCUGCGCGCCUCUCUGGAAAUGAAAUGUAAGUGCCAUGGAGUGUCUGGCUCCUGCUCCAUCCGCACCUGCUGGAAGGGGCUGCAAGAGCUCCGGGACGUGGCCACUGACCUCAAGACCCGCUACCUAUCGGCCACCAAGGUAGUACACCGACCCAUGGGCACCCGCAAGCACUUGGUGCCCAAGGACCUGGAUAUCCGACCUGUGAAGGACUCAGAACUCGUCUAUCUGCAGAGUUCACCUGACUUCUGCAUGAAGAAUGAGAAAGUGGGCUCCCACGGGACCCAAGACAGGCAGUGCAACAAGACAUCCAACGGCAGUGACAGCUGCGACCUCAUGUGCUGUGGGCGUGGUUACAACCCCUACACAGACCGCGUGGUCGAGCGGUGCCACUGCAAGUACCACUGGUGCUGCUAUGUCACCUGCCGCAGGUGUGAGCGCACGGUGGAGCGCUAUGUCUGCAAGUGAGGCCAUGCCCACAGCCUCUCCGCAGGGGCGCACUGAGCACCCGCGUGACCAGCAGGGACCUGAUGACUCCCAUGGACUUUCCCUGCAAAUUCCAGAUGCCAGGCGUGGGAGGAGGUUUGUGCCGUGUCUCCACUUAGAUGUCAGGAACAGAAGGCCUGGUUGCCCUGAAAGGAGGGCCAGGACAUCAAAGGAAACCGGCAGGAUUAAAAAUAACCUGGCAUCCUGAGGCCCUGGAGUGCCACAUGCUGCCUUCCAGGCUGGCCUAAGAAGCCUGCAACGAGGGAUGGGCAAGACUGUGCAGACUUGGCCUUUCUGGCCCAGAGAGACCAGUCUUCCGGAAUGUUCUGCAGGGCCCUGGGCCCAUCACAUGGAACCACUAGCUUGGGUUGUAAAUGUUUUUUGUUUAUUUGUUCUGUUUUGUUUUCUUUUUUUUCCUUUGGGAUGUGGGAGCUACAGAAAUAUUUAUAAAACAUAGCUUUUUCUUUGG